UUCCGGAAACAAUUUCAAAGAGCCAUCAUCGCGGUUAUGACAGUAGAAACUAGCUAAAUGAAAUAAAUACGCUGUAAAAUCUUGUUGUAGUUCACCACCACUGUUUUGAUGUAUUUUGUACUUUAUUCUUUGUUGACUUUUUUAUCGACAUCUCACUGUUUGGUCGAGAAGGAUGAGAAGAAGGAGAACCACUGUGGUCUUCUAAAGCAGUGGCUUGAAUCCUCACUAGUUUCAGUGGAGAUCAUCAAGAAGGGUUUUCACAGGGAGGUGGUAACAACUGUUGAGCUCAGCCCUGAUGUGUCCAGAGGGGUCAGGGUUUUGCUGGUUCAUACAUGGCCCAGAGGGGUCUAUGUUGAUCCAUACCAGCUGGCAUCCCUGAGCGAGCGAAGUAAUUGGCAGAUAUUACUAGAUUCAGCCAUCGACCUUGAGCUGCCUGCUCACAAGACUGCAGGGUUUGUCACCUAUGUGUAUCCCACCCUUGAUCGACCAAAUCCCAGACUGCUUGAAGUCACAAUUCCAAUACACGGUCGCUACCAUGAGCCUUCUUUUGUUGGCGAAACAUUUACAUCUGUGGACAUAGAACCUCCAGAGCUGCUGCUGCGGACCGAAAAAUGUACACAGCUCAACAACCUCGGGCCUCAUACUGUCAUGGAUGCCCCCUGCACCCAUGACAAUACAAGCACAUGUCAGUGGGUUAAACUCCAGCCUCAGCAGGAGCGAGGCCCCGUGGGUUUACAGUUUCCUGUUGGUGAAGGGUCUUUGGUGAUGCCUGUGUGCGGUGGAACUCUUCUUGUCACAAUGCUCUGCUGUGCGGCACUGUCCAGAUACAUAUGGAAACAUCGCAUCAUUUAAACAAUGACUCUCAACAUAUCGUGUGUUAAACAACUCAUGAUCCUGUAACACUUCUGUUUGAUGCCAGGAUCAUUCCAGCAUCACUAUGAUCAAGGUUUUUAACAUAAAACAUCAA